AUGCCUUCCCUAGCAAAAAUUCACAAACGUCACGCAUAUGGCAAAGAUGCCCAUACGUACAUUCCCGUCGUGAUUAUCGGCGCCGGCGAGUCUGGCAUUGCCAUGGGAUGUCGUCUGAAAGAAGCCCUGGGGUUUGAUCAGUUCCGGCUUUUCGACAGACAGGCCGGCAUUGGAGGGUCUUGGUGGAUUAAUCGGUAUCCGGGAGUUGCUUGUGAUAUACCGGCGCUUUUAUACUCCUUUUCCUUUUCGCCUAAACAGGACUGGUCUACUCUGCACCCGACUGGCCCGGAACUUGCACAAUAUUUCGCGGAUGUCUGUGAGAAAUAUGGCCUCGUCGACAAGAUCCAAUUGAAUACCGAGGUCGACGAGAUCAAGUGGCUGGAAGAUGUGGAAGAGUGGGAAGUCACCCUGACGUACCUCGUUCCUGGUACUGGGGAUCUAGCCAAGAAUGAACGAGAUGCCAUGGUAGCCAGAGAAGGCCCGCAUAGCGUUUAUGUCCAGACGGAGAAGGUGCGAGCAAAGGUUGUGGUCAGUGGUGCUGGAGGACUGGUGGAGCCCAAGCAAUGGCCUCAAGGUAUCCCGGGCAUUGAGGGCUUCGAAGGUCAAGUCAUACACACUGCCAAGUGGGAUAGCAACGUCGACUUUCAAGGGAAAGAUGUGGUUGUCAUUGGUUCCGGCUGCAGUGCCGCCCAGGUGGUUCCUGGCCUGGCCGAAUAUCAACCCAAAUCAGUGACCCAGGUGAUGAGAACUCCCCCUUGGAUCCAGCCUGAUCUGUUUCCAGAAAAGGGCCUCGAGCUGUGGGAAAGGUGGACGCCUCUUUUGUUUAGCUACAUUCCUGGCCUCUCGUACAGUCUCAGAAACGUGAUGUUCCUUAUGCUUGAAGCGGACUUUCUGGGAUGGUUCAAGAAUAACCGCUAUGCGGAGUGGAAGCGACACUCAACGGAGCAGAAAUUCCUCGCGUAUAUGCGCUCUGCGACCCCUGAAAAGUACCAUGAAAUCCUCACUCCGAACUACGACUUAGGCUGCAAGCGUCGAGUCGUACGGGGUGAAUGGUACAAAAGCCUAAACAACCCAAACUAUGAGUUGACAACCAUGCGUCUCACAAGCGUUCAGUCCCGGAGCGUCACUCUCGGUCCUGGGAAACAUUAUCCUCCAGACAGUGCUGAAACGGACGAGGUGAGGCAAGUUCCCGCCGAUGUGAUCAUCCUGGGUAACGGAUUCGAAACCAACAACUGGCUGCACCCAUUGCGGGUGGUUGGUAGAGAGGGCAAGAGCUUGAAUGAAGUUUGGGACGAGCGUGGAGGUGCGCAAGCUUAUUUGGGUCUUGCCAUGGACCAUUUCCCAAAUUUCUUCUUUCUCUUCGGACCCAAUACUGCGACUGGUCAUAACAGUGUGAUCUUUGCGAGUGAAAAUGCGGUCAAUUACUCUUUGAGCUUCAUCAAGCCCAUCUUGGACGGCGAUGUGAGUUCCUACGAGGUCACUGAAAAAGCCGAGAGAGCCUGGGCGGAUAAAGUCCAGAAGGGUCUCCAGGGCACUGUGUUCCAAGGAGGAAAUUGCACGAGCUGGUAUAAGACGGAAGGUGGCUGGAAUUCUUCGACUUAUCCGUUCACCCAAAUUGAUUACUAUCUCCGAUGCACAUUCCCUGUUUGGCGGCACUGGACAGCGAAGUAUACUCCAAGAGGAAGAUGGUUGCAUAGAAUCCGUUCUGCAUUCAAACACUUGGCCCUCACAGCAUCUCUUUCUGGUGUUGUCUGGUUCAGCCUGCAUCCCAGAGAUUUCAGACAUUGGGCUGGGCUCAUUCCUGAUGCUCGGGCUUCAAUUGUUUCUGCAGUUCGGGACGGUCUUGUGCGCACAGCCCAGAUGCUCGGCUGA